AUGGACAUCCGAGGAGCAAUGGACGCUACUGUCCCAACCAACUUCAUUGCCGCCAAGGCGGCUGAGGUCCGAGCCAACAAGGUCAACUGGCAGUCCUACUUACAGGGCCAGAUGAUCUCAGGAGAAGACUGUGAGUUCAUCAAGAAGUUUGAGGUCGCUCAUUCUGAGCAGAAGCAGGCAAUUCUGACAAAUGAAGGACAGCAGUGUGCAAAGACCUUUCUCAACCUAAUGGCUCACAUAUCAAAGGAGCAGACGGUUCAGUACAUCUUAACAAUGAUCGAUGACACUUUGGAGGAAAAUCAUCUGGGAGUCAACAUUUUCUCUGAUUAUGCCAAGAAGACAAAAAACACAGCAUGGUCAUAUUUCCUACCGAUGCUAAACCGCCAGGACCUUUUCACCGUUCACAUGGCUGCCCGGAUCAUUGCCAAGCUGGCGGUCUGGGGCCGGGAUCUGAUGGAAGGGCGUGAUCUGAACUACUACUUCAACUGGAUCAAGGUUCAGCUUAGUUUCCGGAAACUACAUGGUUCACGUGCAGGAACAGGAACCAUCUCUCCCAGUGAAAGCUCUCAGUACGUUCAGUGUGUCGCUUGUUGCCUGCAGAUGAUGCUGAAGGUGAAUGAGUAUAGAUUUGCCUGGGUCGAAGCUGAUGGAGUGAACUGCAUCAUGGCAGUGCUGAGUAACAAGUGUGACUUCCAGUUGCAAUACCACAUGAUCUUCUGCAUAUGGCUUCUAGCCUUCAGCCCUCAGCUGUGUGAACAAUUGCACCGCUACAACGUGGUGCCCGCCCUCUCUGACAUUCUGCAGGAGUCCAUCAGAGUGAAGGUCACCCGCACCAUCCUCGCUGCUUUCAGGAACCUGCUGGAGAAGUCUGCAGAGAGGGAGACUCAUCAGGAGUAUGCUUUGGCCAUGAUUCAGUGCAAGGUUCUGAAACAACUGGAGAAUCUGGACCAGCAGAAAUAUGAUGAUGAGGACAUUGCUGAUGACCUCAAGUUCCUUCUGAAGAGACUGGGGAAAAGUGUCCAAGACCUCAGCUCCUUUGACGAGUACAGUUCUGAGCUAAAGUCUGGCCGACUUGAGUGGAGUCCAGUGCACAAGUCAGAGAAGUUUUGGAAAGAGAAUGCCGUCUGUCUGAAUGAGAAAAACUACAAACUGCUCAAGAUUCUGAUCAGGCUGCUAGAGAAGUCUAAUGACCCUCAGGUUAUUGCUGUGGCUGCUCAUGAUGUGGGAGAGUAUGUAAGACAUUACCCUCAUGGCAAAAGGGUGAUCGAAGAGCUGGGUGGAAAGCAGCUGCUGAUGAGCCACAUGUACCACAAGGACCAACUGGUGCGCUACAAUGCCCUACUCGCCGUUCAGAAGCUCCUGGUGCAUAACUGGUAA